AGAUGUGUAGAAAAGGCCACAGAUGGCUCUCUGCAGAGCGAAGACUGGACACUUAACAUGGAGAUCUGUGACAUUAUCAACGAGACAGAAGAAGGUCCAAAGGAUGCCAUUCGAGCACUGAAGAAGAGGCUGAAUGGAAACAAAAAUUACAGAGAGGUCAUGCUGGCGCUGACGGUGUUGGAGACCUGUGUGAAGAACUGUGGCCAUCGCUUUCAUGUCUUAGUGGCAAACCGUGACUUCAUAGAUGGUGUGCUCGUGAAAAUCAUCUCGCCCAAGAAUAAUCCCCCCACUAUUGUACAAGACAAAGUACUAGCGCUGAUUCAGGCUUGGGCUGAUGCCUUUCGAAGUAGCCCUGAUUUAACUGGAGUAGUACAUAUUUAUGAAGAACUCAAGAGGAAAGGCAUAGAGUUUCCCAUGGCAGAUCUCGAUGCUCUGUCUCCAAUACACACACCACAGAGGAGCGUUCCUGAAGUUGAUCCUGCAGCAAAUAUGCACAAUUCACAGUCUCAGCAAAGGAUGAGCACCGGUUCUUAUUCUUCAUCUUCUCCAACGGCGUAUUCUGCUCCUCAGGCCCCAGCUCUGAAUGUGACCGGUCCCAUCACUGCUAAUUCUGAACAGAUUGCCCGGCUGCGCAGCGAACUGGACAUUGUCCGGGGGAAUACAAAAGUGAUGUCUGAAAUGCUGACAGAAAUGGUGCCUGGACAGGAGGAUUCCUCAGACCUCGAGUUACUCCAGGAACUGAACCGAACCUGUAGAGCUAUGCAGCAGAGAAUUGUGGAGCUUAUCUCACGAGUGUCCAAUGAAGAAGUCACGGAGGAACUGCUGCAUGUGAAUGAUGAUUUAAAUAACGUCUUCCUCAGAUAUGAAAGAUUUGAACGAUACAGAUCGGGACGUUCGACACAAAACGCCAGCAAUGGAGUGCUGAAUGAAGUGACAGAAGAUAACUUAAUAGAUUUGGGUCCUGGCUCUCCAGCUGUAGUGAGCCCAAUGGUCGGAAACUCAGCACCUCCGUCUUCGCUUUCUUCUCAGCUUGCAGGGCUUGACUUGGGCACAAACAGCGUCAGUGGCACACUGAGCUCUCUACAGCACUGUAAUCCUCGUGAUGACUUCGACAUGUUUGCACAGACCAGAGGCAGUUCCUUGGCUGAGCAGCGAAAGAACGUGACGUAUGAGGAUCCACAGGCUGUCAAGGGACUGGCGUCUGCCCUGGAUGUACGAAAACAGAACACAGGAGGGAUCCCUGUUGCACAGUCCUCUGUCAUGGAUGACAUUGAGGAGUGGCUCAGUACCGACUUGAAAGGAGACGACCUGGAAGAAGGAGUGACCAGUGAAG